UGUACUGCCCAGAGAGUCUACUCUGCGACUGCUCCACUCUCAGCAAAUCCAAGAGCAAGGGGCGUGUCACGAUUGGACACCGGUCUGUCACGUGACCGUGAUCUAUGUAAAGUCCUUUUCAGGCAGCGUGGAAUGUUGAGCCAGCCAAAUCUAGGGUAGUGUGGUGUUUAUGCUGCAGCAUGUAGUCAGUUUUUACUACUAUUACCCAGCUCAUUACUGGGUUCUGUCAUACCGGGUACUCAGUGAGUGCUAAAGUAAUUCAAGACUGCAUGCAAUAGUAGUUUCUUCCUGGCUGUAUCAGUGUCACAAUGGAGUACCUUCUACAAGUGAAAUUGGGCUGCCUUUUUAGUUUGUUAAUCCUCACACUCCUUUUUGGGUUGUUUCCGUCCAGAGUAAAAUGCUUUCGAAAUUCCGUUGGUGCAGAGGCGCAUCAGAAAUGGCUGAGUUUUAUUAGCUGCUUGGCUGGAGGAGUGUUCCUGGCGGCCUGCUUGUUGGAUAUCCUUCCAGAUUUUCUGAGCGACAUGAAGGAGGAGAUGGAAAAGCGGCAAAUAAUUACUGUCUUUCCUCUCCCAGAAUUUAUCUUGGGCGUUGGAUUUCUCCUGGUUCUUAUUGUAGAACGUAUUGUCCUGGAAUGCAGCGAGAGAAUGACCAGUGAAACAACUCCCCUUCUGUCUAACAGCUCCAGCAACGCCUCCUUGCACGGUCACUCUCACAGCAGCCACAAUGAUAUAGAGCACCCAAGGCACCAUUUCCAUGUAGAUUUCAAUGCUCACUCGUCCUUCCGCUCAUUCAUCCUCAUUCUGUCCCUGUCUGUACACUCAGUGUUUGAAGGGAUUGCCAUUGGGCUCCAGAACAUCCAAUCAGAAGUCUUACAGCUUGCUAUUGCUAUUCUUGUACACAAGAGCAUCAUUGCUGUGAGUUUGUCCCUACUUCUGCUGCAGAGCAACGUGCAGACACGCUGGUUUGUUCUGUCUAUCGUCAUGUUUGCUCUCAUGUCACCUCUGGGCAUUGGAAUUGGUAUUGGAGUGAUGCAGACUCAAGCUGAAGGGAGCAGCAUGGUCCAGUGUGUGCUUGAAGGCCUUGCUGCUGGGACAUUUGUCUAUAUUACAUUCCUAGAGAUUCUGCCACAUGAACUAAAUUCAAACAAAUGGCGUCUGCCUAAAAUACUUUUCAUUUUGCUGGGGUUCUCUGGCAUGGCAGCACUGAGGUUUUUAGGGUGACAGCAUUGUAGCAUUUUGUUACGGACUUGUACCUGUGUGUAACAUUUCUACCUCUCUCAUCUCGACUCAGAACACUUUAAUGGGCAGCAGAAUGAUUCUGAUCUGUGUCCUCCCUUUUUUUUUUUUAUUUUAAACAGGAUGAAUGUAAAAUUAGACAUUUUAAGGAAACAUGGACAUCACAAGCUUGAACCUUGAGAGGAAUGGACAUUAUCACUCACUGGUAUUCAGCUUUUUUAAUGCAAAUUUUAAUACGUAUUUCCUUUCAAGUUACAAGUUACCAUUUGCAUCAGGCUUAGUCAAAACUUACUAUGUUAUGAAAUACUUUAUCUAUCUUAUUCUAAACAAUACUGUAAUGGCUUUAAAGAGUAAAAGUAACUGUAAAUGUCAAGUUUUUUUUUUUUCUUGCAGUUCUCGGGGUACUCUAUUCCUCAAGCAUUACAGAAAUGUGCUUUUUUUUAAAAAAUUAUGGUAAGGAAUUAUUAAAACUGAUUAAAUUGCAGUGUUUUCUAUGGGUAAUACACUUGGAGAAAAAGAUAAACAUA